AUGAAGAUUUUUGCUGCCUCUUCUCUCCUUUUCGUGACCCUCGCGCAGGUUGCGCAGGGGCACUAUAUAUUUCAGUAUCUUACCGCCAACAACCAAAAGGGAGCACAAUACCAAAAUGUUCGGCGGAAUACAAAUUACAAUUCUCCUGUUACCGCUCUAGCCUCGCCAGACCUCCGCUGCAAUGUUGGAGGAUCAACCGGUGGAAAUACCACCACUGUUGCCGUCGCUGCUGGGUCCAGCGUUACAUUUACCGCAGAUACUGCCGUGUAUCACCAAGGUCCGGUUACCUUCUACAUGUCGAAAGUAGCGGACGCGGUAUCAGCAGACGGCUCCACGGAUUGGUUCAAAGUCAAAGAGAUUGGACCUACGUUUAGCGGUGGUCAGGCCAAAUGGGACAUGAGCAUCUCGUAUUCAGUUACCAUUCCUUCAUGCAUCGCGGCCGGAGAUUAUCUUCUUCGAAUUGAGCAGCUCGGAAUCCACAACCCAGGUUCAACACCUCAGUUCUAUGUCGCAUGCGCUCAAGUCAAGGUUACAGGAGGCGGAUCGAAAGCCCUAUCUCCGACGGUUAAGAUCCCCGGUCACGUUAAGGCAACCGAUCCUGGGUACACUGCCAACAUUUACAACAACUUCAAUUCAUACACCAUCCCCGGUCCCAAAGUCGCCACGUGCUAAGCUGACAUUAAGCCGUGAGCAGGUUGGAGGGAUUUGCUAUAUGCAUGGUUGGGUUACUGUUUAAUAUUUCAUCUGAGAGUAUCAUUUGAU